CCCGAGGGAUUCUAGUUCAAGUAGGAAUAGAAUUAUGGAUCCUAGAUUACUUGUUGGCCAAGUUGGGUUAACACUAUAUAUAUCAUAGCCAAGCCUUGGGUUUUGAUAUGAGAGCCAUGUGAGAAACAUAUGAGAGUUUAUUGUAAUUGGUUUUGAGUAAUUUUCCAGUUAUAAUAAAGAGAUUGUUUCCAACAGCGUGUAGUCAUUGUUGUUUUUACUGCACGCAGCCAUCAUCUUCCUCAUUGGUUCGCUCACAUUCCUUUCUUCAAUUCCAGAGCCCGCACUGCGCAAAAGAAUCAACCAAAACCCGAGAUCUAUCCAUCCACUCUGAUCUCAGAUCUUCCUCAAAAUCCAAUUUCAUGUCUGCAUAUUUAAAUUCACACUCGCAGAACGUCGCGGAUGUUCGCUUGUGUUGAUAAUGUGUUCCGCCUGUAUCUAUCCGAUAGACGAACGUAAUGUCCCGAUUGGGAUUGGAUUGAUUUUUUUCUUCAAGGCUCUUUUGGUCUCGGAUCGGGCGUUUUUUUGAUUUUUUCUGUUUUUGUUUGGAUGAGAUGGAGAGAGGUGUCCGAUUAAAUGGAGAGGAUUAUUGUUAUUAUUAUUCGAGUGGAGAUGGCGGCGUCGGAGUGGCAUCCUCCUCCACGGCGUCGCCCCUGCCUCGCGUCGGCGGUGCUGCUGCUGCGGCUGCCUGUGAUGGGACUGUCGGUGGUGGAGGGAUGAAUUAUAUCGAACAUCAUGUGACCAAAUUUGAUACCCUCGCUGGCGUAGCUAUCAGAUACGGCGUUGAGGUUGCAGAUGUGAAGAGGAUAAAUGGACUAAUAACAGAUCUCCAAAUGUUUGCUCGGAAAACACUUAAGAUACCAUUACCGGGACGGCAUCCUCCAUCUCCAUGCCUGUCAAAUGGUUUUGAUGUACAAGGAGAUAGCAUUUCAGAGCGGACCCCGCCGAACCGCAGACACUCAGACCUGUUUGAUACAUUUCAGUCACUAAAACUGAAACCUCCCCCCACCCAACGAAAAGUCUCCUCAGCAAUGAGCAGCUUACGAGGUUAUUACGGCCUUGAACCAUCAUCAGAUCAGAAAGCUGCAUCUGAAGGUGUUGAAAUGGCCAGAUACGAAAAGGGUAGGUCCCCUUAUCUCGACGACAAUGACCCCCCAUCACCCAUCUCCAACCCCGCACUCGGUUUACACCGAAAAUGUAAAAGCGUAGCAAAUGGAUUCAUGACAGAGAAUGGCCAGUUGGUGGAUCAUGAAUCCAAUCAAGAAACUAAAGAUAGCGGCUCUAACAGAUUGUGUGACAAAUCUUUCAGAAGGCGUCAAAAGUCCGAGACUGAUUUCUCCCGUACCCAAGAAAUGCUGAUGAAGGAAGAUAACAGCUCUAGUGGUGGAUUUACAGGCAUUACUCCUAGCAAAGGCUUGGCUCUGAGACCCAAUCCAGCCAGCCGUACUGCCUCACUUGCCAAUGGCGAAUCUUCCCUGAUAAAUCCCAUUCCUUUUGUGUUGGGCGAUUCACCUAUUGCUGACAUCAGCAGUCUUGACAGAGUUCGAAAGUCUUCCAGCGCGUCAAAUUUGCAGGACUCAGACAGUAGUAGCAGUAGCAGCACAUUGGCAUCCCUGUGGCCAACCUCAAAAUGGAGUUUGACAGACUUUCAGGCGCUUUCAACUUCAGCCAUCACUAGAUCAAUCUUUGAUGGCCUACCCAAACCGAUUAGCGGACGAAGGAACAAAGCUGCACUUGAUUAGUGCCGUUCCUCCUUUGGCUUACACGGACGCUUCCAUUGGUAUUAUUAGUGUCACAGAUACAGAAGUGGGGAUAUAAAUAAGAGGUGUAGGGGUUAUAUAUUUAGAUACGGACGUUAAAUUUUGGUCUAAGGACAUUUCUUUUCCCACGUUGCAGAUGUACGGGUUAAACUGUUAGUGAUUGAACAUUUACAGUGUCAGAUAUUCAGAGUACAGAUUUUGGUAAACGUUUGCCUCAGAUUCGUUCAUCCAGAGAGCAUCACAGGAUAUAUGUAUACUUGGGUGUUUUGUUUUGACAAUAGAAGGUGGUAUAUAUUGGAGAUAUUUAAACCUUUUGGUUUGGGAUGGAAAUAAAAAGGUGUUAUCACC